GCAGAAGAAGGAAACAUUGAGUACAAGCUGAAGCUGGUUAACCCCACUCAGUAUCGCUUCGAGCAUCUGGCCACGCAGCUCAAGUGGCGCCUGCAGGAGGGCCGCGGCGAGGCCGUCUAUCAGAUUGGCGUGGAAGACAACGGCCUGCUGGUCGGCCUGACCGAGGCUGACAUGAAGGCCUCGCUCAAGACCUUAAAGAGGAUGGCAGAGAAAGUCGGUGCCGACAUCACUCUCCUCAGAGAGAGGGAGGUGGACUACGACUCAGACAGAAACACCCGCAAAAUUGCAGAAGUCCUGGUUCGAAAAGUUCCUGACGAUCAGCAGUUCCUGGAUCUGCGGGUGGCGGUUCUGGGGAACGUGGACUCGGGGAAGUCGACGCUGCUGGGCGUCCUGACACAGGGCGAGCUGGACAACGGCCGAGGCCGAGCGCGGCUCAACCUCUUCAGACACCUGCACGAGAUCCAGACGGGACGCACCUCCAGCAUCAGCUUCGAGAUCCUGGGCUUCAACAGCAAAGGGGAGGUUGUGAACUACAGCGAGUCCCGGACAGCCGAGGAAAUCUGCGAGAGCUCCUCCAAGAUGAUCACCUUCAUCGAUCUGGCCGGACACCACAAGUACCUGAAGACGACCAUCUUCGGCCUCACCAGCUACUGCCCCGACUUCGCCAUGCUGGUGGUGAGCGCCAACACCGGCAUCGCCGGUACGACCAGGGAGCACCUGGGCCUGGCCAUGGCGCUGAAAGUUCCCAUCUUUAUCGUGGUCAGUAAAGUGGACCUGUGCUCCCGCGGCACCGUGGAGCGAACCGUCCGGCAGCUGGAGCGAGUCCUGAAGCAGCCGGGCUGCAACAAGGUCCCCAUGGUGGUGUCCAGCCCCGACGACGCUGUGACGGCCGCACAGCAGUUCACUCAGUCUGCAUGUAUCACGCCGAUCUUCACCCUGUCCAGCGUGUCUGGAGAGAGUCUGGACCUCCUGAAGGUUUUCCUGAACAUCCUCCCUCCACUGAGCAACAGCAAGGACCAGGAGGAGCUGAUGCAGCAGCUGACUGAGUUCCAGGUGGAUGAGAUCUACUCGGUUCCUGACGUCGGGACUGUGGUGGGAGGAACUCUAUACAGCGGAGUGUCGGGAGGCGAGCGGCUGGUGGUCGGUCCGACUGACGAGGGCCGUUUCCUGCGUCUGAAGGUGGGCAGCAUCCAGAGGAACCGCUCGGCCUGCAGGGUGCUGAGGGCCGGCCAGGCCGCCACGCUGGCUCUGGGAAACUUUGACCGCUCGCUGCUGCGCAAGGUCAGAGGUCACAUAGCCUAAAGACUUUGUGUAGGA